UCCCAUUCCCUAGACCAUGCCCACGUCUGUUCCCGAGGGUAUAAGGCUCAGGGGGCAGAGCAGAACCCAGCAGUACGGUGGAGGUGCAUGAAGGACACACCAUGAAGGUUCUUCUGAUCUCAGUCUGUCUGUCCAUCCUGGACUUUGGCGCUGCAGAACCACCACAAGCCCAUUUUAUGAUCACAGUUCCAGCUCAGCUCAUUCACCCCUCCAAGGAGGAAGCCUGCGUUACCUUACUCCAGCUCAAGGGGGCAGUGUCUCUCAGGAUGGAGCUGCACAGGGAUGACCAUCACCAAGUGGUGGCUGAUGACAAGAUAACGACUGAGAGUUUUACCCACUGUUACCCCUUUAAGGUCCCUGCUGCAGAAGAAGACAGGGAGGUAUGGCUCUUCCAUGUAUCAGCAGAAGGAGACAAUAUUAACAUCAAUCAGACAAAGAAGGUUCUCAUAAUGGAGCAAAUGUAUGUCACCCUCAUCCAGACGGACAAACCGAUGUACAAGCCCGGCCAGAUAGUGAAUUUCCGAGUGGUGACUCUGGGUAAGGAUUUUCACGCUCAAGACGAUAAGUACCCAUUGGUGGAGCUGCUGGACCCAAACGACAACCGUAUUGGCCAAUGGUUGGAUGUGGCUCCCACCCAGGGAAUCGCAGACUUUUCAUUUCGCUUAGCAGAAGAGGUGGAGCUGGGACGGUACAAGAUCAAUAUCCCUUCCACUGAACGUUCAAGCCAAAGCUUUAUUGUGGCAGAAUAUGUCCUCAAAAGAUUUAAAGUCGAUAUCCAUGCACAAGAAGACGUCUCUCCGACUGAUGAUUCCUUUCAUUUGGAAGUUUGUGGCAGUUACACCUACGGGAAGCCAGUGCGGGGAGUUAUGAACAUCACAGUUUUUCCUUUGAAUAUUGCAUGGUGGAGGCUUUAUUAUGGUGAUUUUGACCGAGAACCAACUGAGGAACUUAUGCCCACGAUGCAAGGCCGUACAGAUGACCGCGGCUGCUUUACCAAGGACAUUGACCUUCACCCUUUCAAUGUCUCAACGAACCCCAGAGUGAAAAUAGUAAUACUUGCAUUACUGACAGAAGACAACACUGGUCUUGAAGAGUCUGGAUCCCAUUUUAUCGAGUUCACGGAUCAUCAAACUGUAGAAUUUGUUAAUCUUGACAGCUACUAUCAGAAAGGCAUCCCAUUCACUGGUAUGCUGAAAGCUAGAACCCUAAAAAGGGAGCCCAGAAAGAAUGAAAAGGUCUACCUCGUGGUGAAUGUGGAUGAAGUGGACACCAACAUAACUCUGGAGACAGAUGCGAAUGGAAUUGCUCGGUUUACUCUCGACACUUCCGAAUGGAACGAUAUGGUGUCACUGACGGGGAAAUUUUCAUUGGAAGAUGGAGAUGAUAUGUUCGUAGCAUUAAACUGGCUCUUUCCAUUCUACUCUGAGAGUAACAGCUUUCUGAAAGUACAAACUGUUGCAGAAGAUUUGCUAUGUUCCACCAAGCAGUCGGUGUCAGUCGAGUACACGAUUGAUAAAAACGAACUGGACCCUGAAUCAGAUCACCUCUCUUUCUUCUACAUUCUUAUGUCUAAAGGAGAAAUCAUUACCAAUAAAGAACAUAAAGUGGACGUGCCGAACCUGCCAAGUGGCCCCAUUCUGCAGGGCUCCUUCAACAUCACGUUCUCGGUCAACGUGAAUCUGGUUCCUGUAGCAACCCUGCUGGUCUACGCUAUAUUCCCAGAUGGAGAGGUUGCAGCCGACAGAGCGAGAUACAGGGUCCCAGUCUGCUUUGACAACAAGGUUCAAUUGGAAUUUACAGAAAACAAUGUCCGACCCGGUGGAAAUGUGAACCUGGACGUGAAGGCAGAUGCGGGGUCCUUGUGCUCUGUUCGUUCUGUGGAUAAAGGACUUUUACUCCUUCAGGAACACAAAACAAAUGAGAUACUAUCAAGGGUGAUGGGCUAUUAUGAAUAUAUGUUUGAAAUCAAUAGACGCGGCUUUCCCUAUACUAUAGAGGACUUUGAGCCUUAUCCUUGCUUAGAGGAUGCACCAGUCCUACCAAAUCGAGCCAAGCGAUCCAUAAAGAGAGCUCCAUGGUACCAGAGUGAAGCGGACGUGUACAGCUUGUUUAAGAGCAGCAACUUAAAGGUCUUUACGAACACCAGGAUCCGAAAGCCGGUGACAUGCGAACUCCCGGAAUAUACCAGAAGGUUUUCUAUAAAGGAUGGAGUGGGUGCUGCCGACAGAAAGCUAGAUUCUCCAAGUACAGCGCCAGCAUCAAAAGAGCAUCCAGUGAGGAAGUUCUUCCCAGAGACAUGGCUGUACGACCUGGUGUCUGUAGGCCCACAAGGGAAGAAAUCGUUGAACCUGACCGCCCCGCACAGUAUUACCGAGUGGGUGACGGAUGCUUUCUGCGUGGGGAACUCAGGUUUCGGAGAGGUCCAUGACAUACGGAUGAAGACGUUCCAACCUUACUUCAUUGACCUCCUCUUGCCUUACUCUGUGGUACAGAAAGAGCACUUCACCCUCACUGCUUUGGUCUACAACUACCUGAAUCAUUGUGUGUUGGUCGAGGUGGCUCUGACCAUUCCUCCUGAUUUCGGCGAGCCGCGCACUGAUAUUGAGAAAUCUGCCUGCAUUUGUGGCCAAGAGACCGCCAGCUUUACUUGGAAUAUCACAGCUACAAAACUGGGUACCAUUCCCUUCAAGGUGACCAGUAGAGCUCUGCAUGUAGAAGGAGACUGCUCUGACGUUGUUCUCGAUCCAGAAACAAAAUUCAAACAUGAUGCCGUACAAAAGACCAUCUUAGUGAAGCCCUCGGGGGUUGAAGUGGAUAAAACACACACGUCUCUCCUCUGCCCAACAGGAGACAGCGUGAGAGGGGAAAUCUCCCUGGUGCUUCCGGAUAACGUAGUGGAAGGCUCGGGACACGCACACGUCACUGUGCUAGGUGACAUCAUGGGCAACAUUAUCUCGAAUCUGGGAAAUCUUCUGCAAUUGCCUACUGGAUGUGGAGAGCAGAAUAUGGCACUGUUUGCCCCGAAUGUCUAUGUUCUAGAGUAUCUGGAGAGCGCUAAGGCACUAACACCUGAAAUAAAGGACAAGGUUCUGAAUUACUUGACUACAGGGUACCAGCGGCAGCUGAUGUUUAAGCAUGAUAAUGGCGCCUACAGUGCAUUUGGCAAGAAAGAUGAAGAGGGCAACACAUGGCUCACAGCCAUGGUAGUGAGAUGCUUCAGCAAAGCACAGAAGACUGUUUUCAUAGAUGAGAAGCACAUUCAGGAUGCUAUAAAAUGGCUGGGGAGCCACCAAUUGGACAACGGCUGUUUCAGAAGCGUCGGCAAACUCUUCAACAAUGGACUGAAGGGUGCGGUGGAUGACGAGAUGGCAAUAUCUGCUUACAUUACAGUCGCUCUCCUGGAACAUGGCACAGUCCAUAAUAGCAGCCUCGUGGAGAACGCUUUGAGGUGUCUGAAGGAUGCAGCAAACACGGUGAACAACACUUACAAUGAGGCCAUCCUUGCCUAUGCCUUUACGUUAUCAGGAGAUAAAGACCUCAGGCAGCACAUGUUGGAUGAGCUGGAGAAGGAAGUUAUAGAAGAAGGUGGAAGCAAGCACUGGAGUGAACAAUGGAGUGGGGCUGUUGAGAUCUCCUCGUAUGUUCUCUUGGCUCUACUUUCUGGAGACGAGGUGACCAAGAAGGAUCUAGAACUGAGUUCCAAUAUAAUCAGUUGGGUAAUAAAGCAGCAGAACCCCUGGGGAGGCUUCUACUCCACCCAGGACACGGUGGUGGCUGUUCACGCUCUUUCUAAAUAUGCAAGGGCCACAUACCAUGAGAAGAGGGAUGUGGCGCUGACGGUCCACAGUGGGUUAAUAGGAUACCAGAACCGGUUCCAUGUAGAUGACAGUAACAGACUCUUAUUACAGAGAGCUCCUCUGCCAGAUGAACUUGGGACGUACAUCAUAACAGCCACAGGGACUGGCUGUGUCUAUGUACAGGGGCAUUUGAAAUAUCACACCCAUCCUGCUGAAUCCUUCCAACACUUUACCCUUAAAGUGACCACCGAGCCCGACAACUGUACGGCCGAGGCAGAGAGAAGUUUUGAGAUCCACAUGGCUGUCAGCUACUCGGGAAACCGCGCCACGACCAACAUGGGUAUCAUUGAUGUAUAUCAUGUGUCAGGAUUUGCCCCAGUUGCCAGGAGCCUUAAAUUGUUGGAGAAGAAGGAGAAUGUGAAAAGGACAGAAGUGACAGAUGAGAAGGUGUCUAUUUAUCUGGAGGAGCUCACACAUGAAACCGAAACGUUUUCCAUUGUCGUUAAGCAAGAGACGCCGGUAUCCAAUCUACAGCCGGCUAAUGUAAUCGUUUAUGACUACUACGACCCAAGAGAAAGAGCGGAGGCUGAAUACCAUGCCCCCUGUGCAGGUAACUGAUGCCCCUUGUGGUGCUUUCGGGAGAAGGAAGGCGGCGGCGCAGAGUGCACCUACACAUAAGUACAAGGUGCAGCUUUUGACACAAGAACCUUUAAUAAAUGGGAUUUUCCACGCAACUGACUGAGGCCAAUUUAGUAGCCCUGUAACUUCACUUGUGGUUGUGAGCAACCCCUUAGGUCUCCUUGACCUCUGUUAUUAAGAAUGCAAAGUAUGUUGUCCCUCCUCUGGAGAGAUAUUAGGAAUGGAAAACUUCUCUCCGGACGUUUAAUCAGACAGCAGGCUACAGGGACACUAGCGCUCUGAAGCCACAUCCGUAACUGUGCUAAAUUGAAUAAGCGCAUGAAUAGAGAUCUACUUGAGGGUGAGACUUGGGUUCCCAUUCCUAGAGAAAGAACGAAUUGAUGAUAACUGGACUCUCGUUUAGCUAACACUGUUCCCAGUGAGCUUCUAUUCCCAUAACUGUCGAGUCCUCAAUCAAAAAGUGCACAAAACUGGGGGCAAAUACGCAUAACGAGCUUCCACAAAGUCACAUUCUUUCUGUUGGCUAUAAAAAUAUCAGAACCCAGAAGAGAGCCAUGCUGUCUACACGGGCACUAGAGAAAUCCAUUCUUCUUGUUGUGUUUUUAUGUUCCUUCCUUUCAUUUUGUAACUGCACCAGUAGUGCAGUAGUAAUAACAUCAUUAAUGGGGUCUCACAAUCCUUGAUGAAGACAUGUGUUGCACUGAAUGGAAUCCUGCUGAACAUUAACCUUUGGUUUAAUUACUAAUAAUACUUGCUUUAUACAGUCAUA